AUGCAAUUAUCUAGUGAAGCACAAAAGCCUGCAGAAUCACGUAUUAAUAUUCCAUUAUUAACUGAUAGUAGUUCGGAUAAAUUUCAAUUCAUUAUCAAAUACAUUUCAACUUCUCAAACUACUGAAUUGAAUCACAAUGAACUAGCUCAGGGAAAUAUGGAUCAUCUCUUAAAGGUCGCGUUACUUAUUAUAUUGGCUACUUUGAUUGAUCAAAAUUUCUAUUUAAAAUUAUUUGGUGCUGAUGAAAGUCAACAUAAAGAAUUAACAGUUUAUUCUCAUGUCAAUAAUAAAUUGGUGGUAACUAUUGGCCUUAAGGCUCGUAGUGAAAUAUUUCACGUAACACAGGCACUUCAUCUCAAUUUAAACGUACCAGAUGGUCCUCCAAUAUCUCUUCCAGUUCGAAAUAUCAAUUUUAUACCUACAACAGUAUUAAUUGAUAUACCAAAUGCAAUGAUUAUGGGUGAUAUUCAAGAUGAUAAAAGUGAUGGUAAAUCUCAUCCAGAUGAUCAAUCUGAUGAUGAUCCUGAUGCAAUUCUAAUAAUUUCUGCUAGCAUUACACAUAUGCUAGUUGAUGAUGAUAUAAAAUAUGUCACAAGCAACCGAGUAUCGAUUACGGCAAACAACUGGUUUGCAACACAUCAUAUUACAAUUCGUGGACCUAAUGGUAAUCAAUCAUUUAAUCCAUUAUAA